AUGGCCGUCAUGGCCGCCGUGAAAAUCCUACCCUGGGUGGACUUUGAUGAUGGGAACUGCCCUACAUAUUACAACCAGAUCAAAGGACUUUGCAACGUUUAUAAGGCGGUUCACAACAAGUUCCCCAAUGCUCCACACAUAUCUCAGGCUCCUGUGCUGAUGCUCCGUCCUAGAGCCUGGAACAUGGUGGAGCACAACAUGAUGGUGGGGGGGAAGGAGGCUCCUGGUCCUCUCUUUGACUUUGGACUCCUCAUGUUUCACUGUGGAGAGAAACUCUUCAGAAACGGGAGUGGACCCUUUUUCUACCUCUCAAAGGUGGAGAGUUUCAUGGAGGCCAGACUGUGGAAAAAGAUAUUUGUGUGGACACAACUGAAGUUGGGCCUUCCCCUGGGCAGCAUCAAAGCCACGGUGCUCAUUGAAAAUGUUUUAGCAGCAUUUGAGAUGGAGGAGAUCCUCUACGAGCUGCGAGAGCAUUCAGCAGGACUCAACUGUGGCAUCUGGGAUUACUCAGCCUCCUUCAUCAAUAAGUUUGGUCUGAGACAGGCCUUCCUGCUGCCUGACCGCAGUAAAUACGUGAACAUGGAGAAGCGUUUCCUGCACAGCUACAUGGAGCUGCUGGUGCAGACGUGUCAUCGGAGGGGAGCGUUGGCCACAGGAGGCAUGGCCGCCCUGCUGCUGCCGGAGGACAGAGACGCCCACAGGACAGCGAUGGCUGCCGUCAGCAGACUGAAGCUGAUGGAGAUCCAGGCAGGUGUGGAUGGAUUCAUGGUGUACGAUCUAGGCUUGAUUGAGCCCAUGCAGAAACUAUUCCAGCUCCACACUGAAGGUGAUAACCAGCUCCACCAGCUUCUGGAAGAUGUGACGGUGACCCCUGAUGACCUCCUGUCCAUGCCUUCAGGAGGAGUCACUCUUUAUGGUCUGAAGUAUAACAUUGCAGUCGGGGUCCUCUUUAUCAAUGCUUGGCUCUCAGGUAAAGGACACUUCUUCUACAGAGGCCAGGUGGAGGAUUCAGCCACAGCAGAGAUCUCCAGAUCACAGGUGUGGCAGUGGAUCCGUCACCAGACUCAGCUGGAGGAUGACAGCAGGGUGGUGAGCAGACGGCUGGUGACUGACCUCAGUAAGGAGCUGGUGAUGGAGCUGUUGAUGGAGCUGGGGACAGGCCGUCACUCUGACAGGGAUAAACGGAGGUUACUCACAGCAGCUGACAUGUUCCUGGAGGUUGUCCUGAAGAGAGAUUUUCCAGAGUUCAUCACCACAUACUUGAACCAGGACCACACCUUUCUCAGCUCCCAGAACACUGGACAGGUGGAGGCUAUAGGUGGAGAGAUACCCCGACCCAAAAUGUGAGGGUCCGGCUGCAGACUGCUUCCUGUGCUCAGUGCUGUCUAAGGAGAUUCCUUAGAUAUUAUUUGAGCUAGUUAUAUAGAAUGUAUCAACAAGUUGGAUUAAAUAAGAUUUAUUGAUAAUGAAAACAAUGUUUGGUUGCUGCCAUGCUGCUCUGAAUACGCACAUAAAGGCAUCAACAAGUACUUCUCUGAAAGAACCAGCAGAACCAGACCAAUGUGGAUUCUUGUGUUCACAGUGAUACUGUAAGUCACUCCCUGUCAAAUUAAAGGCAAUAACACAGUCUG